AUGCCCGAAGCUUCUGUUGAUAAACUUUAUAAUAUCGGUUUAUCGGCCACCGGUGGUAAGGUGACGACCAAGGAGGACAGUGGUUGUGUGGAUCCUUUUAAGUUCGAUGAUAUGGUUCGUGAUCCUUCAUCUGCAUGGGGUAAUACGGCCCAAAUGGCAGGCACCUAUAAGUACCUUGGUCUGACUGCCGAUACUGAUGAGUAUAUCAGCUUGCUCCCCGGUGAUUUCGUUGCUAUGUCUUACCUCUCCUCCAUCACGUAUGGUCAGCAUAUGGUGGAUAUGAUGAACGCUGGUGAGGUUGACUUGGUGGCAUUUGGGAAUCAUGAAUUCCAGUUCAAGAAUAAGUGCCCUCCUGCAGACCUCGGUAACCAUCCCGAGUAUAACGAUGUGUGCGUUGCAUGGAAUAUGGCCACUGGCAACUUCCUCUACCUCAGCAAUAACGUCUUUGAGGAUGCUAAGAAGACCAAGCUAUUGGGUUCUACUCUGAAGGUCCCUGAUGAGAUCUCAUUUGUCAAUGCCACCGUGCCAAAGAACAAGAAGAUCUUCAAUGAGGAGACUAGCUACUACGCUCCCUCUGGUAAUUACUUGUUCAAGAUGGUCAAGGGCGAGAAGGUUUGCUUCACUGGUACCACUGAGGCGUCUGCUGAUGAGCCCAUUAUCGGCAAGGCCAACGUAUGGCUAUCGGAUGAGUACGAGGCCGGAGUAAACGACACGCGUGAGAUGAGUGAGGAUGGUUGCAACUUGGUUAUCAUCCUCACUCAUCAGCGUGAGGGUUAUGAUGUCCUCUUAUGGAGGAAGGCUGUUGUGGAAGAGGGUAUCAGGAUCGAUGCUAUCAUUGGUGCCCAUGAUCACUUCCCUGCUUUCUUGAAUCUUCAACACCCCACUAAGCCUGAUAUUAUAACUCCUGUGUGGAAGAUGGAUAUCCGCUCUGCCGAGUCCCGUGCUGGUAACGUGCUGGCUGAUCUAUUCCUACGUAACAUUUCAGCUCAUUUUGCGGCUCUUUGCGGUGGCAAUAUCCGUUAUGGUUUGAGUCAGAACUUCACAGGGCGCCUUCCCCUCACUGCAUUGGAUUUGUUUGAAGAGACUCCUUUCCUCGGUGGUAUGGUCUCCUAUGACGUAUCCUUAAUGGAGGUCUUUGGUUAUAUGAUCUAUUCGGCUCCAAUCGCCAUGGGUGGUCCUAAUGCGCCUCGUCCGGUCACCUCUGGUUUCGAGAUCGAGAUGGAUCCUACCUCUACUCAACAUGGUGGUGUGAAGUUCAUCCGUUUCACUGGUACGAGUCAUAUGGCUGGUAUUGUCAACCGUACCCAGGCUGAAUGUGGUCAUCCGACUUUGAAGUGUGGUGAGAUUAUUUGGAAUGCUGAGGAGGGUUGGAAGGUCGAUCCCCUCGCUAUGGUCGUCGUCGCUGUUCCUGCGUACAAUGCUAGAUACUCUCCGAACGACGCCCCCACCUUGCGCAGGUCGUACUAUUCAACUCAAAUGUCGGACCUGUGCAGACGUGGUGCUGAUAGCUACGCCAUCCUUACGCCGUUCUUCCUGCAAAUAUUAGCAAAGGCCUGA